UAGCUCCAGCCAUGCGGGUGCUGGUGGGUGGAGGGACUGGGUUUGUGGGCAGAGCCUUGACCCAGUUACUGCGUAUCCGUGGGCAUGAGGUGACUCACAUCUCUCGACAAGGGGGCAAGGAUCAUGUCAGCUGGGAAGAGUUGUCCCGCUCUGGACUGCCCUCAUGUGAUGCUGUUGUGAACUUGGCUGGUGAGAAUGUCCUCAACCCUUUCCGCAGGUGGGAUGAUGCUUUCUGCAGGGAAAUCAUCAGCAGCCGGGUAGAGACCACCAAGACCUUGGCCAAAGCCAUUACUGAGGCUGAUCAGCCGCCCCGUGCAUGGAUCCUCAUCACCGGCGUAGGUUAUUACCGUCCCAGCCCCACAGAAGAGUACACAGAGGACAGUGCUGGGGGGGAUUUUGACUUCUUCUCAUGCCUGGUGAGCUCCUGGGAGGCUGCAGCUGUCAUCCAUGGGAGCCCAACUCGUGGUGCUGUAGUGAGAUCUGGAGUAGUGCUGGGCCGGGAUGGUGGUGCCAUCUCUCGCAUGCUCUGGCCUUUCCGGCUGGGGCUGGGAGGCCCCUUGGGCUCUGGACUUCAGCCAUUUCCGUGGAUUCACGUUCGAGACCUAUCUGGAAUUGUGUGUCAUGUCCUGGAGAGUGAGGGUCUGCAAGGGAUCUUCAAUGGUGUCUCGCCAUCCUCCCCUUCCACCUCCAACGGCAGCUUUGCUCAGGAGCUUGGUGCAGCCCUAGGACGCCCAGCCCUGCUGACAGUACCCGCUUGGGCCGUGCGGGCUGUGUUUGGGGCUGAGCGGGCCAGCAUGCUGCUGGAGGGCCAGAGGGUGGUGCCGAAACGUACCUUGGAGAGUGGCUACCAUUUCAUCUUCCCUGAUCUCUCUGCAGCUCUGAAGGACAUUGUGGCGUGA